UCGAGAGGCUUCAGACCAUCCACCUUAGCUAGCACACAGCCGUCUCUGCAACUGUAAGGUUUAGCUGUCCAUGGCGAUCAGGGGAAUCCAAUCGGCGCGCGGGAUGUCUGUGGAGGAGUUCAAGGAAUGGCUGAAGCAGUUCGACGUCGACGGCGAUGGCCGGAUCAGCAGGGGCGAGCUCCGGGAGGCCAUCCGGCGCCGUGGCGGGUGGUUCACCACCCUCAAGGCAGGCCGCGCCGUCCGCCACGCCGACAGGGACAACAGCGGAUACGUCGAUGACGCAGAGAUCGAGAACCUCGUUGCCUUCGCGCAGAAAGACCUAGGGAUGAAGAUCUCCGCCUGGUAGCUGCCUAGGCUAAGCUCCAUGCAUGGAGUUUUUAUCAGCUCUGCUUAAUAUUAAUGAUCGAAGACCAUUACAUCAA